CUUGUGCAACGAGGACAGAAAUUUGCUGCGUAUUCGAGAGAAAGAGAGACGGAAUCAGGAGGUUCCAGAGGAGAAAGACCAGUUCUCUGGGAAGACUCCCCUCUUUGCAGAACCCUACAAGACUAAUAAAGAAGAUGAGUUGUCAAGCCGAAUUCAGAACAUGCUGGGCAAUUAUGAGGAGGUCAAGGAGUUAAUGAGUAACAAAUCCUGUCAGAAUCUCAUAGGGAUUCCAAAAAGUGUUGCUCCUCUGCUCCCACGAGGACAGCCUGAUCGCCCAUGCUUCCUUGAAAAGACCAGCCAUCACUUAACAUCUUCAUUCCACCACACGACCCGCCAUCCACCCGUGGGACCUAUGGUUGCCACACCUCGUCAUCCAAGCCACUCCAUUCACUUCCAAAAGGCACAAUCAGGAACAGAACCAGCUUCAGGGCUGCACACCAAGAGGCCCAGCUUAUCCAGCAUUCGGAGCCAAGGUCAAGAACAGAGUCAUAGUGGCCAGGAAACUAAGGCAGGUCUUCAGCACAAUCAAAAUGGCAAGCCUGGGGAUGGAGAAGAUCGUGCUGAUGAACUGCAGGUCUCCCCUUUGUCACUUUCCCCGUUCCUGCCAUGUUUGUUGUCUUCUCCAUUGGCACCCCUGUCACCUCUACAUUCCAGCCAGCGUAUCAAUUCCAGGUCACAAAAGAGCAGCAAAAGUCAUGGGCCGACCUACAGUCAAACAAAAUCAUUUCAGGACUCAGUGACAGGAUCACAGGAGAAGGAAAGUCGAGACAGCUCAGCCGUUACCUUGACCAGCACCAGUCAACCUUCCUCUCAGACUUUUCCCCCAUCCUUGACAUCAAAAGCCAGUGCAAUGCAGCAGAAACCAACUGCCUAUGUCAGACCCAUGGAUGGCCAAGAUCAGGCACCAUUUGAAUCACUGGAGCUGAAACCUCUCUUGGAAGAAUACCACAAAGAACCUGACAAAGAUUUCUCGGACUUGAAGGCAAAAGCCAAAGCUGAACUAUCAAAAUUGGAAACCCCUUCUGAGCCCAAGGAACAAACCACCCCCAUUGAUGUCCAGUCCAUUGAAGAAAUCUUGAGGGAAAUGACCCGCUCAUGGCCUCCUCCCCUGACAGCUCUUAAUACUCCUACCAAAGCAGAGCCUUCCAAAUUUCCAUUCCCAGCAAAGGAAUUGCAGCCUGAUGGAUCUGUAGCACAGGAUCACAAGCAGCAUGGCACAGCUUCAGAAACACUGCCUAGUUCUCAAGCAAGAACAUUGAUGCUCCAGGAAGACCUGCAGCUCAGUGAUAGUGAAGAGAGUGGUGACGACCAAGUUGUUGAAAAGCCGCGUUCUUCACUCACUCCUCCAAGUGCCCUACAGCCCCAGCCCAAGAGUGUGGCAUCAGCACAUUCCAGCAGCUCGGAGUCAGGGAGCACCAGUGACUCAGAUAGCUCCUCAGACUCGGAGACAGAGAGCCACUCGAGUGACAGCGAAGCCAACGACCCUCCAAGAGUGCCAGCACCUGAGCCUCAGCCACCAACUUCUAAUAAGUGGCAGCUCGACAACUGGCUGACCAAGGUGAACCCACCAGCAGUGCCAACAGAGUGUGUCAGUGAAAUUGCCCAUGGGGAUGGAUGCAAGAAGGGCAAGAAGCAGGAGCAGGGAAUCAGCAGCAAUUCUUCCCACCAGCAUGCUGAGCUGAUGGAGCCUCAUCACAAGACCUGUGGCCAAGUGGCCAGGACUCCUCAGGACACUCAUCUUCCAAACAAAUGCAACUAUCAGAAGUCUCCUGUGCAUGCUGAGGAGCCCUCGCCUAGGCAGACUGUGGGUAUCAAAAGGCCUGGCAAGCCCCUGGUACACGAAGGGUCCAAGAGAGGCCUGAAGGUGGAGAGUGACCCUGGUCCUUUGGAGGUCAGAGAUGAGUCUUCCAGGGACAAGCUGAAAGUCAAAAAAAUAGCAAAGCCAAAAUCCUCUGACAAAAAAGACCUGAAGCCCUCUGAGAACAGAAAGCACAAGGGCUCCCACCAUGCCACUGCCAAACCCUUCUUGGACCCUAAACUCAUGGGUGAUGCCCAAGCACAUGAUGCUCUCAGUCCUCUUCCUCAAGGCCAGGGCACAACUUCCAUCAGGACCAGCAGUCACAGGUUUCAGGAUUUGCCCAAGGAGAAACUGCCUUUGGUUCUCAGGGAGAAGUUGCUUUCGCCAGUGAGGGACCCCCCUGCCCGUGAGGGCCUCGUGGUGAAAAUAGAUCUCUGUCAUCUGGAAAAAGUCCCUCACCCCCCCAGGAAAGAGGGACACCAGAAGAAAGCAGAGACCAAGGACCAACCUGGUGCAAAGAAGCAGAGCUCAAAGAGGAAGGCCAAGGACACUCCUGAGGAGUCCCUUCGAAAGAGGAAGAGGGAAGAGAAGGAAGAGACUGAUAGGAAGAAAAUUAAAUCAGAAAAAGAAGCAAAAUCCUUGCAGUCUUCAGCUCACAAAGACUCCAAUAAAUUAAAAGCAUCAAAAGCUUCAUCUGAAAAUCAGAAGAAAGAUGUGCUGCUCCUGCCACUGCCACCCAUGUCCACUGCACAUCCCACACCAAAGUCAACCAAAACAGCCCAAAAGAGACCCAGAACUGAGGCUGAUGAGCAGCCUGCCAUGGAUAACCCUGCCAGGAACAAGAGCAACCACAAGGAUCCUUCGUCUGCCAAGCACAGGAAAGUGGAGGGAAAUCACAUGGAACACUCAAAGGGCAUCAAAGGAUCUGCAGGGGAUGUGACAAAGCCUUUCCCAGUGCCUUCUUUGCCAAAUGGUACCUCCAAACCAAGCAGACCUCUCCUCCAGUGUGAACAACAGCAGUCCAAGGAAUACUACUUAGAACAGGCCCAGAGGCUGAAGCACAAAGCUGAUGCCAUGACUGACAAGACUGAAAAGGCCCUUCAAUAUCUAGAAGCUGCCCUGUUAUUCAUCAAAUAUGGGAUAGCCUUGGAAUCAGAUGUGCUGGAACCAAAAUCAGCUUACAACAUAUUCAGUGACACUAUAGUUCUCAUCAAAUUCAUUAUGACAUUGAAACCAUUUGCAGACUCCUCAGUGUCUUCACAUGGAAAAAUCUUUGCCGUGUUACGCAUGCGCUGCCAGUCCAUCCUGCACAUGGCAAUGUUUGGUUACAAAAAGGACACUGCAAUGAGGUAUUCCAGGCUCCUGAAUGAGCACUUCAAGAGUAAUCUCAGAGUAAUACAAGCACCUUCUCCAGAUGUUGCAAGAAGCACAGGCUUGCCUUCUCCUGUUUCUUCAAUACCCUCUCCUGCUGGUUCUCUGAGUUCUCAGCCGGGAUCAAAUGCUAGCAACGGUGCUGGCCACAGCACCACUGGCAACAGCACUGGCUCUGCAGUCACUGUCUCCUGUCAUAUCUCAAGUGUCACCUCUUCCUACGUCAACAUCACUUCCUAUAUCCUCCAUGCAUGUGAAAUCUGGGAAAAGGCUGAUGCACUGGCCAGAAAAAAUAAGGAUUUUUUUGCUGAACUCAGCAGAGCAACGUGUGCUCUGGCACUGACCAGUAGCCUGACUGACCUGGUACACUACAUCAGACAGGGAUUACAGUGGCUGAGACUGGAAGCAAAUAUGCCUUAA